CAUAAAUGCCAACCGCUGAUGUAAAAUUGCACAGCAGAAUCGACUGAAUAUUAUAAAUUUACAUACAACAAUACAUACAUACAUACAUAUUAUAAAACACAUAACUGUAUCCGCAUCAAAGGACACAAAAAAUGCCACGCAAUGGCUGUGAGGCCAAUGGAGGCGUUGCCAGCGAUGGUUGCGCAUAUCCCGAUGAGCUGAUCAUGGAGCAGGGUGUUUCGUUCAAUGUGCGGUACACCGGCUGCGUGGAGGUGAAAACUUCAAUGAAAUUGCUGAACUUUGAAACGAGAACCAAAGUUGCGCGCGAAUGCAUCAAUCGCGUGUGCGAGGCUGCUGGCCUCAAAUCCGUUGGCAAACGACGUGUGGACAAGAAAAUACUGCACUUCAUCUCUGAUCGGCCGCACAUGCAGAAUGCCGGCACAAAUGUCAUAAUCAACGUAUCUAGUCGAGCACUGGAUUUGGUGAACGCGGAGACGGGCCAACGCAUAGCCAGUCACAAUAUGCCACACAUUUCCUUUGCAUCCGGCGGGGAUUCGGACACUUUGGACUUUCUGGCAUACAUCGCCAAGAAUGAGGACGAGUGGCGUGCUUGCUACGUGCUCGAGUGCAUUGGCGGACAGAGUGAAGACUUAAUAUUGACAAUCGGUAAAGCAUUUAUGCUGCGCUUUAAUGCAAUCAAACAUUUGAAAAAUCAAGCCGUUCUAAAUCUCAACACACCCGUAGAGAAUAGCAAAGACUACUAUAAUGAUUUGCCCGACAAAUUACCGCCAGACUUGCUGAGCGAAAACGAUUUACCGCCAGAGUUGCAGAAGCAAUUGUUGUUACAACAUCAGCAGCAACAACAACAGCAAAGCAGGCAGUCACAAUUACCUCAACACAAAAUCGGGCAGCUAAAUUUGAAAAAACCGCGUGAUCGUCUUAGCAGUAAUCUGAUUGAUUUGAAUAGUCCACCACCCGAUCAAAGUUCGGCCAAUGUGAACCUCAGCAACUUCGAUCCAAUGGCCGAUACAGAGGGCGCAUGUGCGUUGCCACAAGCGCCCGUGCGUGAUGUCUUCGAUAUGCAACCAUUUUCCCUCUCCGCUGAAGUGCAACGUUCACAACUCAACACCGAAUUGUGGUUCCAUACGGGCAUUAGUCGUCAGAUUUCAGAGAGUAUGCUUAAAAAUGAUGGCGAUUUUUUGGUACGUGAAUCUCAGGGUAAACAUGGCCAGUAUGUGCUCACCGGUUUGGAGGUAAAAACACCCAAGCAUUUACUACUUAUCGAUCCGGAAGGUGUAGUGCGUACGAAGGAUCGCAUUUUUGAUAGUAUCAGCCAUUUGAUUAACUAUCAUUGGGCUAACUCAUUGCCGAUUAUAUCAGAGGAUUCGGAGUUGGUAUUACGCAAUCCGGUGUUGCGGCAAGCACCAGGGCAAAAACAGCAGCAACAGGAACAGCGGCAGCAGCAUGCAGUGCAUUCGGCAGCUGCCACCAGCGCCAGUAGUGCAGCGCAUCAUCAUCACUUACCGCCACAACAGCAGCAGCAGCAACAGCAACAUCAGCAUACACAUCAUGCGCGACCGGUGGUGAAUUCUUGAGGAGCCUUCGGUAAGCUACCACCGGAGCAUGGAAGGAAUUGAUAAAGCAUUGAGAUUUUUUUUUUAAUAAAUAGUAUAUAAAAACAUUUCGCAAUUAAGUAGCAAUUGUAAUAGAUUAGGCGCACUUAGUAAAGUAGCUGUGAAGCAGUUAAGCGAAAAAUUUUAUGUGCAUAUAAGCGUGUAUUUUAUACAUAUGUAUAGCAGAAGUAGUUUUCGAUAAUCCUAAAAAUAGUUUUCUAAACUGUAUUAAUGAGUUAAGGUGUACAUUCAACGUGCUUUACGCAUUUCUAAUUUUUUCAUGCAAUCUUCUUAGAUCUACCUUAGGCUUUUAAGUUAAAUGUUUAAUUUGUGUUUCAUUUAACAGCAAUUUUAUACAGUAUAAUAAAAAAAUUAAAUAUAUGUAUGUACAUAAAUCUGUUUAAACUUUUAUUUUUUUUCUCUUUUUUUUUAAACACACAUGUUUCGCUUUGAUUUAAAAAUUUGGUUUUCUACAGAAUUAAUUUAAUGUCCAUAUAGGUAUGUAUCUACAUUAGGCUGCAUCACUCCCCAUACAAAAAAAAAAUCCGUACUGUUUUUCCACCGGAAUUAUA